AUGGGGGUGGCAGGAGGCUACUCCGGUGGUCUUCUGAUGCCCUGUUAUUGCUUCCUUCGACUGUAUUCAAUGAAGGGAGUGUGGAGAAGGUCACUAAGUAGCUUAGGGGUGGGCAGGGACAGGAUCCCCCCUGAUAGCUGUUGUGAUCCAUUGAAAUCAGUGAUAAAAUCCAAUCCAGAGUGCUUGUGUAGUAUGAUAAGCAAUCAAGGUACUAAAAAUGUUGAGAAUGCUGGUAUCAAUGUCACUAAGGCCCAAGAAUUACCAGCAAGAUGUGGUCAACGUGUCAACCCGAUCUCAUGCAUCACCUCCACCUCUAAGACUACUCCAGGUACAAGUGAUUCCCAAAGCUUAGGAAAUUCCAUGGUCUACUUAUUGUACCCGUUGAUGCUAAUCGCAGCUGAGGUGGCGUUGGGCAGUAGGAGGCUGCUUCGGCGGCCUUCUGCUUCUUCUUUCUUGCUUAAAAUUGCUAGUGAAAACAAAUGGGAUGAGGGAGAGAGCUGUGGUGAUCGAAAACAGCAGCAACAAAGGGUUGGGGAUGUGAUCUCCGGUGGUAGCAGUGAAGGGUGGGGUGGUGGCAGUUUGGUGGCAGCAAGGUGGAUGCCACCUCUUCCUUCCUUUUUCUGGGCAGAAACAGAUGAGAGGGAGAUGUGA